AAGUAGAUAUUGAAGAGAAAUUAAGUGAAAAAGAGGAAUCACUUAAAAGAUGCAAAGUUUUGAAUGCUAACGGAAACAAAUGCGGAACUUAUUAUAUUAAUGAUAGUUCAACUGGAAAUGCUAUCAACCACUUAUUGAACGAUUAUGAAAUAACUAAGAGGGCAAAAAAAAUCAAGUCAAAUCAGACAACCCUUCCAACCAUUGUAAAAACUCAAAAACAUAAAGAAAAAAUCCUUCAUUCUGUUAACUAA